AUGCGUUCAACAGAGGAUAUCAUUUUGGAACGAAUUAGAGCUCCUGGUUUGAAGGCGGAAGAAGCAAAGCCAUCACGAGAUGCUAUGUCUGCAGAAGCUUGUACGGCUGGAACUGGAACUGGCAAGGCCGCUUAUGUCCCGCCAAACAUGGGAGGAGGUGCAGACAGAAGAGCUAGUACUGGCUCAGACAUGAGGUGGAGGAACGAUGAGAACUCUGUACGUGUGACUAACUUGUCUGAAGACACCCGUGAACAGGAUUUGAUGGAGUUGUUCGGUCCGUUUGGCGCUGUGACCCGUGCCUAUGUGGCCGUCGACCAGAAGACGAACAUGAGCAGAGGAUUUGGUUUUGUCAAUUUUGUAAGCAAGGCAGACGUAGAGCGAGCGAUAAACAAACUGAAUGGGUAUGGUUGGUUAUGA